CUUUACCACACUUUUGGCCAAUCCCAGGGCGAGUCAGGCUGAGGCAAUCCUAGUUCGGUCAUGUCCGAAUACGGGUGGGUUUUAGUCUCUCUUCAGGGAUAAUGCCCUCUAGUGCCCGAAAACGGUAUUGGCUGACAGACAGAGUGGGCGUGGCUAACUUCACAGGACAAAGGAAAACACUGACGGGAAACGGAGCCGUUUCAGUGUUUCUAAAUCUGUUUUUAAGAACCAGCAAAUGUUAUAUUUGAUCUGUUUCAACGUUUCCAAACCAAACUGGGACCAAAAGCUGAGCUGGAGAACCAGAAGGUGAGAACUCUGAACAGAACCAGGACUGAGGAGAUUUCUGGAAAAAGAAGAGCAUGAACGGGGUCCAGGCCGGUCCAUCAGCGGACUGUCCAGGUGGCAGUGUGGACAUUGAGGGGCUGCCCCCUCUGCCCAAGGGUCUGAGUGGCAUCCUGAACUCCAGCGGCGGAUCCUGGAGGGACAUCGAGAAAGUUCACAGUAAAAGAACCAGAAUCCAGGCUGAUAUCAGCAAGUCCAGAGUGAGUGAAGCUCUGAGCUUCAGCAGACCGGCCAGUCUGGACGCUGCACUGGCCAUGCUGAGGAAAGAAAUGGUUGGUCUGAGACAGUUGGACAUGUCUCUGCUGUGCCAGCUGUGGUCACUGUAUGAGUCCAUUCAGGAGUAUAAAGGAGCGUUCCAGGACAUCUCCUCCACGCUGGGCGAGAACUCCUUCACCACCGAGAACGGAUUCUCCGAAGAGGAGGAGGAGGAGGAAGAGGAAGAGGAAGCUGCCGGGAGUGCAACCACGGAAACCACACUGUCCUGCCCGCAGCCUGCCCAAAACUCCCGCGACCAGUGGAUCAAAGACUCCUUCCAGAUUCCCCUUUAAAUAUCAGACUGACCACAGAUCAGCCUCAGACUGACCACAGAUCCGCCUCUGACCGACCACAGGUCAGCCUCAGACCGACCACAGAUCCUCCUCUGACUGUCCACAGAUCAGCCUCAGACUGACCACAGAUGAGCCUCAGCUGUGUGUGUGGUUUAGCUUGUGUAAGUGGUCAGUAUGUUCUGGACAGGGAACAGCAGGUCUAAAACACUGUUUACACUCCACAUCAAACUCUUUCAACGUACAGCUUUAAGUGAAUAACUUAAGCACUUAACAGGUCAGUUUGAGUAUAAAUAACUGGGCGGCCAAGUGGACUGAACACGGGUCAGUCUGAGCUGCUCUAAAAGUUCUUUCUUUAGACCGUCGCUAUGAACAGUCGCUUUAAUACCUCCUUUCUGUCCAGACGCUGGGCAGUACAGUGAUCAUUGUUCAAACGCUUUUUAUGUUGACCUUCAAACACAGCAAAAACACAGCGGCUCACUUCCUGCUGCUGCGGACCAUAAAGGCCGGAAGGAGGAAGAGGAAGUGACGGUCAGAAACAGAGCAGACAUCAAUCAGAGAUACGUAAACAGAGAGAGAGAGAGAGAGAGAGAGAGAGAGAGAGAGAGAUAACAGAGAGAGAGAGAGAUAACAGAGAAAGAGAGUUCCUGUAAUCAAGAGAGAUCUGACUGACCCAUUAAACAUCUGACUGACCCAUUAAACAUCUGACUGACCCAAUAAACAUCUGAGAGCACAUCAUCGUUCAGCUGUUCCACAGUAACAGUGUUUAUACUACAGUGAGUAAAAGGUCUAAAAAUAUAGCAGGUAAAUUAGUAAACUUGAUAUAAUUUGAUAAUAUAUACAUCUUAUUAUUAAUAUUUAUGGAUUAUGUAUUAUAAUGUAUACAUAGACAAACAUGAACGUGCCAAUAUAUUUACGAUCAUGUCUAUGGUCAGUUUUGCUCUUUAAACUGUUAGAUUUUCAUGAUGAACAGUCAAACAGCUCCACUGCGUUACUGUCAGAGGUUCCGUGUUUUUCCGUUCUGCGGAUGUCAGAUUUCAUUCUGACGAUAAUUUCAUUCAAAUCUGUGUAUUUUAUUUUGAUUUGUUUGUUUUGUUUUGUAUCCUUUUGAAUAUAUAAGUAUCAGUGCAUACACACUUACAAAAGACAGUUCUUCAAGGGUUCUUUAGUAAAGAAAAUUGUUCUGUAUAGAACCAUGAACAGCAAAAGGGUUCUAUAUCGCACC